GCCGCGGCCCCGCUGCUCCUCGGCUCCGACAUGGAAGAUGGACCCUCCACGAACGCGAGCUGCUUCCGAAGGCUCACCGAGUGCUUCCUGAGCCCCAGUUUGACAGAUGAAAAAGUGAAGGCAUACCUUUCUCUUCACCCCCAGGUGUUGGAUGAAUUUGUGUCUGAAAGCGUUAGUGCAGAGACGGUAGAAAAGUGGUUGAAGAGGAAAAACAACAAAGCUGAAGAUGAGUCCGCCCCUAAGGAAGUCAGCAGGUACCAAGACACAAACAUGCAGGGAGUUGUAUAUGAACUCAACAGUUACAUCGAACAGCGUUUGGACGCUGGUGGGGACAACCAGCUUCUCCUGUAUGAGCUGAGCACCAUCAUCAAAAUAGCAACAAAAGCAGAUGGAUUCGCUCUGUACUUCCUCGGCGAGUGCAAUAACAGCCUUUGUGUGUUCACACCACCUGGCGUGAAGGAGGGGAAACCACGGCUUAUCCCCGCGGGACCCAUCACCCAGGGCACCACUGUGUCUGCUUACGUGGCCAAGUCCAGGAAGACGCUGCUGGUGGAGGACAUCCUGGGGGACGAACGGUUUCCAAGGGGGACGGGAUUGGAGUCAGGGACGCGGAUCCAGUCGGUUCUCUGUUUGCCCAUCGUCACGGCCAUCGGGGACCUGAUCGGCAUCCUGGAGCUGUACCGGCACUGGGGCAAGGACGCCUUCUGUCUCAGCCACCAGGAGGUUGCAACAGCGAACCUAGCCUGGGCUUCAGUGGCGAUACACCAGGUGCAGGUCUGCAGAGGUCUUGCCAAACAGACAGAACUGAAUGACUUUCUACUCGAUGUGUCAAAAACGUAUUUUGAUAACAUAGUUGCAAUAGAUUCUCUACUUGAACACAUAAUGAUAUAUGCAAAAAACCUGGUGAAUGCCGACCGCUGUGCCCUCUUCCAGGUGGACCAUAAGAACAAGGAGCUGUACUCGGACCUUUUUGAUAUUGGUGAGGAGAAAGAGGGAAAACCCGUCUUCAAGAAGACCAAAGAAAUCAGAUUUUCCAUCGAGAAAGGCAUAGCUGGUCAAGUAGCCAGGACUGGGGAAGUCCUGAACAUUCCCGACGCCUAUGCAGACCCGCGCUUCAACAGGGAAGUGGACCUGUACACGGGCUACACUACCCGGAACAUCCUGUGCAUGCCCAUCGUCAGCCGGGGCAGCGUCAUCGGCGUCGUUCAGAUGGUGAACAAGAUCAGUGGAAGUGCCUUCUCCAAAACGGACGAGAACAACUUCAAGAUGUUUGCAGUCUUCUGUGCGCUCGCUUUACACUGUGCUAACAUGUACCACCGGAUCCGGCACUCGGAGUGCAUCUACCGGGUGACGAUGGAGAAGCUGUCGUAUCACAGCAUCUGCACGGCCGAGGAGUGGCAGGGCCUCAUGAACUUCACGCUGCCCGUCAGACUCUGCAAGGAAGUGGAGCUAUUCCACUUUGACAUUGGUCCUUUUGAGAACAUGUGGCCAGGGAUUUUUGUCCACAUGGUUCACCGGUCCUGUGGGAUAGCCUGCUUUGACCUUGAAAAGUUGUGUCGUUUUAUUAUGUCCGUUAAAAAAAACUACCGGCGUGUCCCCUACCACAACUGGAAGCAUGCCGUCACCGUGGCCCACUGCAUGUACGCCAUCCUGCAGAACAACACAGGACUCUUCACAGACCUGGAGCGCAAGGGGCUCCUGAUCGCCUGUCUGUGUCAUGACCUGGACCACAGGGGCUUCAGUAACAGCUACCUGCAGAAGUUCGACCACCCCCUGGCGGCUCUCUACUCCACCUCUACCAUGGAGCAGCACCACUUCUCCCAGACUGUGUCCAUCCUCCAGUUGGAAGGACACAAUAUCUUCUCUGCCCUGAGCUCCAGCGAAUACGAACAGGUGCUUGAGAUCAUCCGCAAAGCCAUCAUUGCGACAGACCUCGCUCUGUACUUCGGAAACAGAAAGCAGUUGGAAGAGAUGCACCAGUCCGGAUCGCUGAACCUCAAUAACCAGUCGCAUAGAGACCGGGUCAUUGGCUUGAUGAUGACUGCCUGUGAUCUUUGUUCUGUGACGAAACUCUGGUCAGUGACAAAACUGACGGCAAAUGACAUAUAUGCAGAGUUCUGGGCAGAGGGUGAUGAGAUGAAGAAAUUGGGAAUACAGCCCAUCCCCAUGAUGGACAGAGACAAAAGAGAUGAAGUCCCACAAGGCCAAAUUGGAUUCUACAAUGCAGUGGCCAUCCCCUGCUACACGACCCUGUGCCAGAUCCUCCCGCCCACAGAGCCGCUCCUCAACGCCUGCAGAAACAACCUCAGUCAGUGGGAGAAGGUGAUCCGUGGAGAGGAGACGGCCUCCUGGUUCAUGUCCCAGCCCACAGCGCCCCUGACCCCGACGGCCCCGGACAAACGUCCCCAGGAAGCUGGCAGCCUCUGA